AUGAUAAAUAAUAUAAUUGAAAUAUGUAUUAAAAACGUUGACGGUACAAAUGAGAAUUUCAUAACAUUCAAAAGAGUAGGAACACGACUGAGAGUUCAAGGAACACUUUAUACUGGUAACAAUUCAGAUCUAUAUCUUUGGUCAUCAGAUUUAGCAAAUUCAUCAACAAUAGAAUAUAUAACACUGAAAAUGAAACUUUGUACUUUUAUUAUUGAAAGUUUAAAUGAAAGUUAUUCUUCUAUAAUGAAAAAUGCAAAAUGUUCUAAUGUAAUCUUCAUCCCAAUCAAUGUGAAUAAUUUACAAAUAAGACAAAUUAAUAAUACAAAUCUCAUUCAAGGUGUUCAAGGAAUUGCUGAUAUUGAAUUAUUACUUAUUAAUACUACAAAUAUAAAUGAAAGUCUAUUUAUUACUGCUUUAAUAUAUCAUGGAAUGAAUAUGAGUAGGACUUUUAAUAUCUAUUUAUUGAAUGUAGAAGUUAAUCUCAUCUCUAAUGAAACUACAAUAUCUACCGAAAUGUCAACAAGUAAAUCCACCGAAAAUAAACUAGAUAUUUCAUCAGUAACAACACCAACUCCAAGAUUUAUGUCCGUCGUUACCAGUCCAGAAUAUAAUUUCAUUAGUGAUGGUAUAUCCUUUGAAGCUUUUGAAAAUACUCUACCUCCAUUAUUUGAUGAACUUACGAUAGGACAAAUUGAGGCAUUAAUCUACAAAGUAGAACCAAGGGAUUUAAUGGAAUGGUCAGAUAAUUUAAGUAUACCUACAAGUGCACUUUAUUUAAAUUUAUCAUCACAAAUUCAAUAUGUGGUUACUAAAAGUGUACAAUUAGCGAAUGUUCAAAUUUCAUUCUCGUUCAAAAUUCUGAACGUCACGUUCGAAAAAGUCAUAGUUCAAAUUGAAACUGUCUACAGAGUUAAUAAUACUGAAAAAUACGAAUAUCGAUUAAUCAACAGUAUCUUCAUGAAAAUGACGGUGGAAAUGAGAUCAUUGGAAGCUUCACUAUUAACCGAUAUGGAAUUAAAGCAGAUUUUCAUUGAAGGAUUGGGAAAGUUGAAUGUUACGAGUGGACCAAAUUUGGUUGACAUUGAGUUCACUCGUUCACCGACAAGCAUGUCAGCUUCGACUAGCAGCCUUCAACAGACAGACAGAAGUAGUGUCUCAACCGAAUUCGCACAACCGAUUAGGACGACGGAGACGGUGAAGUCGACAUCAACAGUGAAGACGACGAGCCCAUCACCAACUACUACAUCAGAUGAUUUCG